AUGAAGAAAUAUCUAAUAAUUCAGAACUUGAAAGUGCAAAUAAUAGUCGUGGUAAUCAUGGUAAUCAUGGUAAACAUAGUACUAGUGGGAGUAAAGGUUAUUAUGGUAGUAGUUAUGAGCAACCACGUUUUAUUCCUGAUUAUUCAAAU